UACUAGCAGCUACCAGGGAGGGAGGUGCUCCCAUCUCUUGUAUCCCAGUGGCCACUAUUGUACAACCUGCUGCAAGGAACCUACAAAUAAUACCGUAACGCAGGACUUCCAUCAAGUGUAGUCUACACAUUUAUUAGCGAUUUCAGAUGAUCAAGAGACUGUCAUGAGGCAACCAAGACAUUGACUUGAGUCAAUUUGAGUUAAGAAAGGCACCGCCAAGGUCCCAAGAGCUAGUUGAUCCAAUAGACCCCUUCAUGAGAGGACCAGGAAGUCCCCAAGAGCUGGGUGGACUGCUAAAUCACCCUGUGAGAGGAGCAGGCAAAAGACACCCUUUGCCUACCCAGUGGGCAGCACCUUCCACCAGCCCAGCAAUGCCCUUUCCCUCAGCCUUUCAGUCAUCAGCAACUGUGGUGGCUCCAGUUUUCCCAAGACCCUCUACACCACCAUUAAGGGAAUAUUCACCACCAAGAGGUAAUCCUCCACCACCACUACGAGGAUAUUCCCCACCAACACGGGGAUAUUCUCCACCACCGCAGGGUUAUUCCCUAUCACCACAGGGAUAUCCACCUCCACCACCACCACCACCACCACCACGGGGAUAUUCACCUCCACCACCACGGAGAAAUUCACCUCCACCACCACGGGGAUAUUUAUCUCCACCACCACGGAGAAAUUCACCUCCACCACCACGGGGAUAUUCACAUCCACCACCACGGGGAUAUUCGCCUCCACCACCACAGGGAUAUUCGCCUCCACCACCACGGGGAUAUUCGCCUCCACUACCACGGGAAAAUUCCCCACCACCACAGGGAUACUAUUCACUUUCACCACCACGGGGUUAUUCUCCACCACCACGGGGAUAUUCACUUCCGCCACCACGGGGAUAUUCACCUCCUCCACCACGAGGAUAUUCACCUCCUCCACCACGAGGAUAUUCACCUCCACCGCGGAGAAAUUCCCCACCACCAAAAGGAUAUUCGCCACCGCCACCACGAGGCAUGUCUCGACCACCACCACGAGUUUAUUCACCUCCACCACGAGGAUAUUCACCUCCACCACGAGGAUAUUCACCUCCACCGCCACAGAGAAAUUCCCCGCCACCACGGGGAUAUUCACCACCACCACCACGGGGAUAUUCACCACCACCACCCCGAAAGUUUUCGCCACCACCAGUACAGGGAUAUUCGGUGUCACCACCACAAACGGGAUAUUCCCUACCACCACAGAGUAAUUCGCCACCAAGAAGAUAUUCACAACCAUCACCAAGGAGAUAUUCCCCACCACCUCCAAGGGAAUAUUUUCCAUCACAAGGAUAUUCCUCAUCACCAAAGAGAUAUUCACCAACUCCACAGAGAUAUUCCCCUCAACCUCGACGGAGGCAUUCCCCACCGCUUUCACGUAGGUAUUCUGAACCAGCAGAAAGAUAUUCACCACCACCACAGGGAUAUUCUCCACGACGGGGAUAUUCGGGAUAUUCUCCACCACAACGGGAAUAUUCUCCCCCACAACAGGGAUAUUCUCCCACACCACGGGGAUAUUCUCCCCCACCACGGAGACAUUUCCCAACACCACCAAAAGGAAAACCAUCUGCAGUAGCUGAAAGGGUACAUCCGCCUCCAGCAGACAGGUCUCCAACAGUGCACCAAUAUGGUCCCUCGAGAGGUGGCAGGGAACCAGCACAGAACAGACAGCCACAUCAGACUUCAGUAAUUAGGGGUGUGAAUGUCUCCAACACAGGAAGCUCCAACAAAGGUAGCUCCAAUGUUGGUAGUUCCAACACUGGCAAAGAGCCUCAGGGGAAGCACAAGACACCACUGGGCAUUAAACCUUCCCCAUCAACACAACAGAAGCCCCAUGUACCCAUGCCAGAUUAUGACCCUAAUCCCCAAGUUGCUUACCUUCCCAGCCCUGAUUAUUGAUACUUGUGAUUAGUAUAAACUAUUUAGUCUAUGGGUUUAACACAUGUACAGUGUACAUGUUUAAUAAUUAGUUCAUGAACAGCAUAUGCUAGCCAUGGUGAUGGUUACUAGUUUGCAAGUGUAAUAAACUCUUGGCAAAUAUUUAGUUUAGAGGCUUGACUGAACUCAGUCUUUAUUUUACUUUUUAAAAUACAGUCUUGUGCAAAUUGUUCACUUGGGAUAUAUUAGACACAAAUUACUUUUAUGAGAGGAAGAAUGUACAGUGGGCCCCUGCGAAUUUGCAGCUUCAGUAAUUCGCGGAUUUUUCCUUAGAGUCUAACUAAUGAUUGUUCGCAGAAAUCCCUGCAAAUUCACCGAAAUUUUUUUUGGCCUUUUUCAUUGCAAUAUAUAAGUUUUUAUGUGUUUUAACGCUAAAUAUUAAGAAAAACAUAAUUUAAUAAUUUUGUAUCAUAAAUAUUAAUGUAAAUUCAACAAAAUUUCCAUAUAAAAUAUAACACUAUAAUUUUUUUAGUGCUGUAGAGAGAAUGGUAUCACUCAUUUUUGGUGAGUAUGUACCUGCACCUUUAACUUCACUUGUACUAAAUUAAAUUAUUAUAAUCCCUAUACUAUUUACUGUACGUAUACUAAAGAAAACAGGGUUGCAUGAAUUACAGUGUACCAAAGAAAAUGUUUUUACAUGAAUUACAGUACAUAUGGAGGUAACAUCAGUAUUUUACGUUCUAGCACUGCAGGAGUACAGUACUGUAUAUGGGUUUAUCUUUACAUUCUUUUUUUUUUUAAGGGUGAUGUAUGAAGCUGAGUUUGAAAUAAAAUUAAAGUGUUUUGAGGGCAUAUUUAGGGUUUAAACUAUAAAAAUAGGCCUUUAUAGGCAUUUUUUAACUUCGUCCAAAAUUCGCGGUUUUUCCAAAUUCGCAGGUGGUCUUGGAACAUAACCCCCGUGAAUUUGGGGGGACUACUGUAUUUCAUAUAAUGUACCACUGAAGAGAUAUGACUGGUCAAACAACUAUUAGUAUACAGUCAUAUGACAUGAUAUGCCAAUCAGCUGUUAACAUUGUCAUGUGACUGAAUAAUCACUGGAAAUUUAAAAAACUGUAGAUUACACUGACGAUGGGACAAUAUUAGGAUAGCUUUUUUUUGUAGAUCCAUAGGCUGCAAGAAAUCAGUGCAUGGGCAGCUGACUGAUUCAGCGGGAAGAGCUCUGACCUGGAGUUUUGUGACUCCCUCACCCUGGGUUCAAACCCCACUUAUUUGGUGGUUAGUCUCACCUACAUGUGGGUGUAUGGGUCAAGUCGUCUCAAGGAAGCAUGUUGCCUAGAUAGGGUCACUUUCCAGCGAGUCAUUAUGUACAGAUUAAUGCAGAAGGUAGGAUUUUAAAGUAGUAAUAAAAAUGUAACAGUGAGCUCAGGUCAUACCCACUGUAUUAGGUCACCAAUUUAAUAUACAGUACACCACAUUACGUGUAUUAUCUUUCUUCUUUCAACAAACCGGCCAUAUCCCACAGAGGCAGGGUGGCCCAAAAAGAAAAACACAUAUUUCUCUUUUUAACUUCAGUAAUGUAUACAGGAGAGGGGGUUACUAGCUCCUUGCUUCCGGCAUUUUAGUCUCCUCUUACGACACGCAUGACUUACAGAGGAAGAAUUUUGUUCCACUUCCCUAUGGAGAAUAUAUUAUUAUAUCCUUUCCUAUUUUAUAAGGAACAUAGCAUAUGUUUUUUUUCAUAUUAGAUAAAUGAGACUACAGGUUUCCAUAUAUGGCAAAUGCACAAAGACAGGAAUUUCUGUGGUCAUGAGAAGUUCCAGCCCCUAAAGCACAAGGCAUUAAAUAUAAUUUCCCAAGCACCUAAAGGGAUCUGCCUUUAGAGGGUGAUGGAUACAAUUACACUUACAUACAAACUGAUUGCUACUGUAUAAAUUAUCUUGCUUGUUAAUGUACAUUUAACUGAAAAUGUUAAUAAAGAUUUGAAAAUCUAUAA